AUGUCAGAGCAAGGGGCAUCAUAAACCCUGCCCAAAAAAGACUGCCCCAGCAGCUCUGUAGUGUCUUUUCAUUUGAAGUGAUUUAUAAGAAAAAACAUUCUUAAAAAAAUGGCUUUUGGAGGAUACAAUGAUGUAUCCAACCAUGGACACCAGAAGAAACACAAGAAGUAUGCCAUUAUUGGCGUCUCUUCCCUUUUGCUGGUGGCCAUGGUAGCUGCUGUGGCCGUUGGCGCGACUCGCAACAAGGCUGAUGGAUCAUCUAAAUCUGAUGGCAAUGGCGAGGUUUCAACAUCAAUGAAGGCAGUUAAGGCCAUUUGCCAGCCCACUGAUUAUAAAGAAACCUGCGAGAAAAGCUUGUCCUCGGCGGCUGGGAACGUCACCGACCCUAAAGAGCUUAUCAAGAUCGGCUUCCAUGUCACAGUUCAGGAAAUUCAUGCAGCAAUAGCAAACUCCACCACAUUAAAAAAUCUAGCCAAGGACCCCAGAGCAUCUCAAGCCUUGGAGAACUGCAAAGAGCUCCUUGAUUAUGCCAUCGAUGAUCUCCAAGAGUCUUUCAACAAGAUCGGUGCCUUCGACGUCAGCAAGCUCGACGAUUACGUUGCCGACCUCCAGGUCUGGCUUAGUGGUGCAAUCACCUACGAGCAGACUUGCUUGGAUGGGUUCGAGAACACCACGGGUGAUGCCGGGGACAAGAUGAAGGAGGUUUUGAAGACUACACAAGAACUCACCAAGAAUGGCCUUGCCAUGGUGACCGAGAUCUCGAAUGUCUUGACCAAUCUUCAAAUUCCAGGGUUGAACCGGAGGCUUCUUUGGGAUGAGGAUCCUAGUGGGGCCGGCUUCCGUAAAACAUAUGAUGAACCACAUGAUAAGGACCCAACGUCCACUAAUCGACAGCUACUUUGGGAUAAUGGAAGUGGCUUCGAUCAAGAGCUCGCUGACCCGCAGAGGAAGCCCGUGGAGGCCACCAACCGGCAGCUUCUUUGGGAUAAUGGGAGCGGCUUCGACGAACGACACGAUGACAAGCAGAGGAAGCCCUUGGAGUCCACCAACCGCCAGCUUCUUUGGGAUGCAAGCGGCUUCGACGAUGAUCUCGAUGACAGGCAGAGGAACAUGGAGUCCACCAACCGCCGGCUUCUUUGGGAUGCAAGCGGCUUCGACGAUGAUCUCGAUGACAGGCAGAGGAACAUGGAGUCCACCAACCGCCGGCUUCUUUGGGAUGCAGGCGGCUUCGACGAUGAUCUCGAUGACAGGCAGAGGAACAUGGAGUCCACCAACCGCCGGCUUCUUUGGGAUAAUGGGAGCGGCUUCGACGAACGGCACGAUGACAAGCAGAGGAAGCCCUUGGAGUCCACCAACCGCCAGCUUCUUUGGGAUGCAAGCGGCUUCGACGAUGAUCUCGAUGACAGGCAAAGGAACAUGGAGUCCACCAACCGCCGGCUUCUUUGGGAUGCAAGCGGCUUCGACGAUGAUCUCGAUGACAGGCAGAGGAACAUGGAGUCCACCAACCGCCGGCUUCUUUGGGAUGCAAGCGGCUUCGACGAUGAUCUCGAUGACAGGCAGAGGAACAUGGAGUCCACCAACCGCCGGCUUCUUUGGGAUGCAAGCGGCUUCGACGAUGAUCUCGAUGACAGGCAGAGGAACACGGAGUCCACCAACCGCCGGCUUCUUUGGGAUGCAAGCGGCUUCGACGAUGAUCUCGAUGACAGGCAGAGGAACAUGGAGUCCACCAACCGCCGGCUUCUUUGGGAUGCAAGCGGCUUCGACGAUGAUCUCGAUGACAGGCAGAGGAACAUGGAGUCCACCAACCGCCGGCUUCUUUGGGAUGCAAGCGGCUUCGACGAUGAUCUCGAUGACAGGCAGAGGAACAUGGAGUCCACCAACCGCCGGCUUCUUUGGGAUGCAAGCGGCUUCGACGAUGAUCUUGAUGACAGGCAGAGGAACAUGGAGUCCACCAACCGCCGUCUUCUUUGGGAUGCAAGCGGCUUCGACGAUGAUCUCGAUGACAGGCAGAGGAACAUGGAGUCCACCAACCGCCGGCUUCUUUGGGAUAAUGGAAGCGGCUUCGACGAUGAUCUCGAUGACAGGCACCUCCCUGCAUGGAUCAAUGGCCGUCAAAGGAAGCUUCUGGGGUCUACCAAUACAGGGGACAUCAAGGCUGACGUAGUGGUGGCAAAGGAUGGAAGUGGCAAGUAUAAGACCAUCAAUGAAGCACUCAUGGACAUUCCCAAGAACAACAACAAGACCUUCGUGAUUUAUAUCAAGGAAGGAGUUUAUCAGGAGCAUGUCAUGCUUGACAAGCACAUGACCCACGUUACUAUGAUUGGAGAUGGCCCCACGAAGACCAAGAUCACAGGAAAUAAGAACUUCGUCGAUGGAACCCCCACGUUCAAGACUGCCACAGUUUCGGCGAUUGGAAGCAACUUCUUGGCCAAGAACAUUGGAUUCGAGAACUCUGCAGGAGCUGAGAAGCACCAGGCUGUGGCACUACGCGUCCAAUCCGACAUGUCCAUCUUCUAUAACUGCCAGAUGGAUGGGUACCAAGACACCCUCUAUGCCCACACCCACCGCCAAUUCUAUCGAGAUUGCACCAUCUCCGGCACCAUCGACUUCAUUUUUGGCAACGCAGCCGCAGUGUUCCAAAACUGCAAGAUGAUCGUCAGGAAGCCAAUGGACAACCAGCAGUGCAUCGUAACAGCCCAAGGGAGGAUAGACAGGCGCGAGCCCACCGCACUCGUCCUUCAGGGCUGCACAUUCACCGCCGAACCAGCAUAUCUCCCACUCAAGGAUAAGAACAAGGCUUUCCUUGGUAGACCAUGGAAGCAAUAUUCAAGAACCAUCAUUAUGCAGAGUCAUAUCGAGGGCUUCAUCCAGCCUGAGGGGUGGUUGCCAUGGAUGGGUGACUUCGCUCUCAACACACUCUUCUACACUGAGAUCGACAACGAUGGUCCUGGUGCGGCCACGACCAAUAGAGUCAAAUGGCGAGGCAUCAAGAAGGUCAAUUUGGAACAUGCUAAGAAAUUCACUGCUGGAACCUUCAUUGGUGGCGAUAAGUGGAUCAAGCCCGUUGGAGUGCCUUACGUUUCUGGCUUGAUGUAAUUCGCGAAGAUAACAGCUCAUAGUUAGUCCUCUAUAUAUAAAGGAUUAAACCGGUCUCCGCCUUCAUUAAUUAAGCUAUCUACAUUUUUGCCCCCAUCAUUAUUUUUCUUGCCUUCUGAAGAACUGUACGUAGCACCAGAUCAUUAUCGUUAAUAAAGCCAAAGAAUGAGAGAAAUUUCAUGUUGA